AUGGGCAACAACAAAGUUGGAUUCUUUGUGUGCUCUCGCGGCCAGUGCAGAUCGAAGAAAAAUAUCUCUCGUGCCACAGGCACUUGGUUUGAGAACGCGCGGUUAGAUCUUCCGCGAAUAUUUUAUCUAAUGUUUUGCUUUGCAUACCGCACUCCUCACGAAACGGUGCAGCGCGAAGAUUUCGUAAAGGAUGGGACCAUACUAUCAUCACGAACGAUAUCUGACUGGUAUAGCUACUGCAGGGAGGCUGUGGUAAUAUACCAGUUAGAUAAUCAAGUAGUUCAAGGGAGAAUUGGCGGCGUUGGAAAAAUAGUGCAAAUUGAUGAAAGCAAAUUUGGAAAACGAAAGUACAACAAAGGGAAGAGAGUCGAAGGACACUGGGUACUUGGCAUGAUAGAGGAUGGGAAAGAAGACCUUCGUUUGGAGGUGUGCCCAGAUAAUGUAAGAUCCGCCGAGGUUCUUAUCCCGCUUAUAAGAAAACAUGUGACUGAAGGCACCACCAUUCGUACCGAUUGCUGGCGAGCGUACGACUCCCUGCCGGAGUAUGGGUACGUUCACCAAAAGGUGAACCACAGCGAUCCUGUCAGCCCUUUUGUGGCAGAAGAUGGCACACAUACCCAGCGGAUCGAGUCGCAGUGCCGUGUUGUGAAACAAUUCUUCCGCAAAGACAACUACAACAACACUGGCAACUUCUCCGAUGUGAUUGUAGAGUUUAUGUGGAGACGCAACAAUAAGUUGCAAAAACUGGACCCUUUCAAAAGAUUAAUAGAAGCAAUAAAACAUGUAUAA